UACCACGAGAUUAAAAGAGAAUCGAAGGAAAAAUGCUUUAGACGAAGGAAGCCAAUGAUAUUCGUUGGAUCAGCGUAGCUGAUCUAUCGAAAACGUGGCGGGUGUCGAUCCUAAGUUAUCGAGGGACGACGAUAUUGAGGGAAGGUUCUCAGGAACCCGGCAAAUGUGGCUCUGUGCACGGUGAGCCGAGGUUACGGGGGCCGUGGGGCCCGUGGCGGGGGUGGUGUAGGUGGUAGUGGCGUUGGAAAUAAUAGUAAUAAUAAUAGUACUGGUGGUGUAGGUAGUGUUGGUAGUGGUAGUGGUGGUGGUGGUGGUGGUGGUGGUGGUAUUGGUAGUGGAUUAGGAAGUACCAGAAGUGGACGAGAUAGUGGUCGAUUUGAAAGAUCGAGAGAGGCAAGCGUGAGAUUGCCAUUGAGUCCUCGCACUUUGUGCGCUCCAGGAAGCGGCGGGGGUGGUGGUGGUGGGGGAGGAGGAGGAGGAGGUGGAACUGGCCCACUAGCUGGGACCCAGACGCAUGGGCACGUUCAGCAAACUGGUGGUGGGGGGCCGGGGACUGGUGGAGGUGGUACCACUGGUACUACUGCCUCACCUGAAGAAGUUCAAGCCCUUCAAGACGAACCUAUGCUACAUGUUGAAAGACCAGCACAACAAGGAACUUGGAUUUGCUGUGUUCCGUGUUAUUGGCUUAGAAAAAGUAAAGCCGUACAUAAGGCUUUGCUCACCUUCGCCAUGUUACUCGUUACCAGUCUACUUGUCACUAGUCCUGUUCUCUUUCUUAUCACUACUUUACCCGAAGGGGAACAACCACGUGAUUGUGCGCCAUUGGACGAGGCAUGUAUUAGAGAACGAGACGGUCCGGAAGGUAUUUGCGAAACGAAGGCCUGCAUAGAAGCCUCGAAUAGGAUCUUGGCUUCAAUGAAAAGAGGUGUGGAUCCUUGCAAGGACUUUUAUCAGUUUGCUUGCGGUGGUUUUCGCGAUCAACAGCCCUAUCAACCAAGUUCGAGUUUCAAUAUGUUGCAGGCACAAAUCGACGAACAUAUUCAUAAAAUGUUAAUAAACGAAACCGGUCGGAUGGUUGGUGUCUUCGAGAAGCUGGGUCAUUUCUACGUUAGUUGUCUUGGGUUCAAGGAGAAGCCUGUCAACUUUACACCUGUUUACGAACUUCUUCAAGAACUUGGUGGUUAUUUACCGCCAAAGAGUGUCGUCCCAGUUGACAUAACUCCAUUGGUCUCGGCACUUCUUAGAGUGAACGGUGCACCCCUCUUUGAUUUGUACGUUGACGUCGAUCUUUAUGAUCGUUCUAGAUCCUCAGUUUUUCUCGAUCUACCAACCAGGUAUCAAGAUGAUGGCCUCUUUGCGGAAAAUCUGGAGGAUAUACCAAAAUGGCGUAAGACCAUGUUAAUGUACGAGAAAAGAAGAAAAAGAUCGCUCCAUGAAGAGAGUCAAGCAUAUAUGAUGAUAAAGAGCAAGAGGGAGGAACGAAGAUCUCGCAGACUUCAGAAGAUCGUCGAAGGAAUGCUACCAAAGACGAUGAGUCCCAAAGAACGUUCGUCUGAGAAGGAUUUGUUGUUGCAAUUUUGCUUGUCACUCAGUAAGAUUUAUCCGAAGCACAAGGAUCUAUACAAUUGGGUGGAUGUCGAUCAAAGAGUUUAUGUUCCUUUCAAUAUGACUUAUCUUCAGGAAAGCUUUGGUUAUAUAAGGUGGGGGACGCUGUUGAAUGCCACGUUAGGCGCUGCCACUGCCGAUUUAUUCAAUCGCAAUAAAACGCUGGAUCGUGAUCGACGAUUUAACACGGACGAUCAAAUGAUCUACGUUUACGUCACUGCUCCCCGUUAUUUUCGUAGCCUUGGAAAAUUACUCAACAGAUUUUCGAGACGGAUUAUAUAUAACGGAUUGCUGCUGCUUUACGCUGCUGAUACAUUGCACGAUAUCGUAAACGUGACUGCCAGUAAGGAUUGGGACAAUUCCUGUUAUAAAUUGACGAAGAAUAUUUUUGGAGAAUUCGUUGGUGCUUUAUAUGUUCAGCAAUACAGUUCAGAAUAUUUGGAGACCUUAGGGAAUAGAGUUGGUGGAUUAUUCGAAAGAGUUAAGGAAACUGUCGCAGAACGAAUUUUAGUAAAAUCUUGGCUUGAUGAAGAAACGAGAACGCAGGCAUUACUUAAACUUAGAACGUUGCAAGGAAGAUUUCACGUAUGGCCUGGUUUUAACAACGACACAUUAUUGGCUCGUGAUAUGGCCGAGGUUGUGAUCGAUCCUGACAACUUUUUCUUUACGGUACUACGAAGAUUCAAACAAAUUCGUACCGUUGACGAUAAAGUUUUACGAAGAAAUGUCACUGAAAAACGCCGUCAUCCUUAUACAGUGAAUGCUUAUUAUGAAUCGUCAACGAAUACGAUUGGAAUACCUUUGGCCAUGAUGACUUCCUGGGCAUGGUCUUGGGAUGGUGGUCCAGCUUAUGCUGUUCACGCAACUCUUGGAUCAGUAGUCGCCCAUGAAAUACUUCAUGCCUUCGAUCUCCAUCGUCGUCGCUUGCCUCUCGAUCCUGAUCUAAACGUCGAUCAAUGGUUAUGGAUCACCACAGAAUCUUGGAAACGGCUCGAGGCUAGAAUCGAGUGUGUUGCUAAGCUUUAUGCAAGAAGUUUUUGGCGGAAAGUUCAGUUUUAUGGAAACGAUGUUGCCGUUCAGUUUGAUUGGAAUGUAACGAGGAAUGAAAAUGUUGCUGAUAUAGGGGCCUUGCAAAUAUCUCAUAAAACUUGGCAUUCAUUAACCAACGGAAAGGAUCGAAGUCUUCCUGGCUUGGAAGGACUUCGAUCUAGCCAACUUUUUUUCAUAAGCGCCGCCCAGACUUAUUGUUCUAACAUGACUGCCGAGGCCUAUAUCCUCUCCGUUGAACUUGAUUAUCAUACUCCUCAACCUGAAAGGGUCAAUGGUAUAAUGAUGAACUCACAAGCAUUUGCGGAAGCAUUUCGCUGUCCGAUUGGAUCUAAAAUGAAUCCUGUGAGUAAAUGCACUACUUGGUGACAAUAGGGCAAUGAGAACGGUCGGACACCAUGAUAAUUAUGAAAUUAUGUCAGCUGUAUGGACUCGGCUCAACGAAGCGCGCCUUUUUUCUUUUCGAGAAAGAGACUCACGUCGUUUGGUAUUAGAAUUAAAAAAAAAAAAAAGAAAAAAGAAAA